GAUCAGUUUGUGUGUAUAGUUAUGGCAGAUAUUAAACGGCAAUCAUGAAUUUGGAUAAAGAAAUGUAUCCGGAAAUGAAUUUUUUUGAUGAAUACCGCGGAAAGUGAUGUCAAGUUUGUCAUCAAUGGUGAAACAGUUCCGGCAAUCAAAGCGAUGUUACGUUUGAAAAGUGUGAUAUUUAGUGUCCAGUUUUCGGGCAAUUGGCGCGACUCGGAGGACACAUUUAAUGCAACCGUACAGCGAAAGUAUAGCCAAAACUUCGGCGGUACCGUCGGCUCCAACUCCCAGUUCCCGUCCCAGUCAUCGUCGGCGGUAUCGUUGUCACCGAACGGUCCAUCGCUGGUCAUAUUUAGCGAACUACGGGAAGAGUACUCGCUCUGGGAUGACCAGUACAUACCGUGCCGUUUCUAUGUUGAUCCGACAUUGAAUAUCAUUGCCGAUAAGGUUGGCCUCUAUCCGAUGGGUUGGACGGAUCGGGAACGUGAUUCGGCUCUCAUGAAAAUGGUAUUCAAUGAGUCAACGGUUGAUGAGUUUGACGAACGAACAGUUUGUUUCCCGAUUAAAGACAUACCGACUGCACCACUGAUGGACAGUUCACUGGCCAGUAUUGGCGGCGGUGAUAAUGGCCAACAACAACAGCCGUCAGCGGCGGCGACGUACUAUCAGUUUUGCUAUUUUCAUCCGUUCGGAGCCUAUACUCGGUAUCAGUUGUGCGGCCGAUCGCCGCCGUUCCGUAUCAUAACCUAUCGCCAGAGUAGUAGUAGUCGCCAUAGUAAUGACCGUAGUGUCCGGCCUCGAUCGAUGCCAGUGCCCGGCGGCCUGACAUCGACGCCCAGGGCUGCCACUGGCCCUGCCGUUGCGUUUGCGGCCAACUAUGUCCAGCCGAGUGCACCGAAUCUAUCGAAACUCUAUCCAAAUCUAAUCGAUAUUAGUCUGAAUCAAACGAUACCGAAAUCGACAGCUGCUAUGAUGGACAGCCUAUCCGAUCAUUGGGACAUCGAUCUGAGCACUGGUAGUAGUAAUAAGGAAAACAACCAUCAGAUCAUCAGCGAUGCGGAUACGGCAGUCAAACUGCUCGAGUAUCGGCUGGAGGCCAAAGACCGGCAGUUACGUGAACUCAAGCACAGCUACGAACAACAAAUGCUAGUAAAAGAUACCGAAUUGGAAACAUUGACCGCACGGCUGACGAUGACUGACCAACAGCUGGAGUCUAUGGACUGUGAACUGCGACUGAAAUACCGGACCGACCAGAAUGUCGAGAAAAUGCAAUCAGAUUUGUUGGAAACGAUUCGUUUGGCCGAAGCUAAGAGCCGAUCGCUGGAUGAACUGGUGGCCAGUAGGGACCGGGAGGUCAAUCAAUUGCGUCAAAAGUGUUCAUCUCAGGAGAAAAUCAUCGACAAUAUGAAGCAUAAGCUUAGGAUCAGUAGGUCAGAGCUGGAUCUAUACGAAAGUCAGGCCAUCGAUAACUUUGGCUCAAGUGUACUGAACGAGCCGUACGGUUCACCCGAUCAGGAGAUCAGUCUAUUGAGAGACAAACUACAGGAAGUACAGCAAGACUUUGUUAACGUCAAAGCUGUCAACGAAAGUCUUCGGCGAAAAUUGCAAUCAAUGGACACCAGACGUGGACUAACCGAACGGGAACUGGAGGUCGUCAGGCAGUCAACCGAUGAUCUAAGGGAACGAUUGGAUCAUAUGAUUGAAGAGAAGUUGGAGGAAAAGUCGACUACUGAUGAAGAUAUGCGCCAAUAUAUGGCUAAAGAUUAUCAUAGAUCACCGAUAGCUGGUCUACAGCAGCAGCAGCAGCACCGGGAGGUCAUCAAUGGAGUCGAUAGGAGACAGUUGUUUAACAAUAACAACAACACUACUACUACUACUGCCGGCAAUAUUAUCACUAUUAAUGUCAACGAAAUGAUUGCCGAUAUGAAACAGUUGGCCAUCGAUAAGCUAAUGCAAGCGCUGGCCGUUUGCAACGAUUUCAAGUCGAUGGCCGAUACGGUGGCCGCGGCAAUGGACAGCCGCUACGAGGCCGGUUGGAAUUGUUUUGUCGGUGGCGACAGUUUUUCGCAUAAUCCACUGUUGCACGUGUUUGGCACGUAUUUGUCGUUUACGGUCAACGAUGUCAAGUGUGUUGUCUAUCGUAUUGAAUGACUGGACGGACCGACACUUAAUUAAU